GGCACGCACGGCGCUACCACUACGGCGGCUCAAUCUGGGCCCACUUUCCUAUUUGAGCCUGUUUGCGAGCCCCAUCGGCCUUGUUGGCGUGUGCAGCGACACUUUGUCAGCGCCUGUCCACCAUGUUGGCGUCAACGGCAGCCGUACGAAAUAGCUGGGCUCGAGGCAGCACAGCUCGGUUGCCGACCAGCUGCGGACAUUAGAUGCCUCUCCGCCGUCUCGCCCACGUCGACAUCUUGGACCGUCACCUUCACCUUCACCUUCACCGUCACCAUCGCCGUGCGUUGAUCCUCAACCAUGUCUGCCAUCCUCGAGCCCGUGACCCUGCCCUAUGCCCCGUUGUCCGCCCAGAACCGCAUCAUGAAGGCCGCCAUGACGGAGCGCAUGGCCUCGUGGGACCCCGCACACCCUGCCCGUCGCGGCGUUCCCUCGUCGGAGCUCAUCAACCUCUACCGUCGCUGGGGCGAGGGCCGCUACGGCAUGAUCCUCACGGGCAACGUCAUGGUCGACGUUGCCAACCUCGAGGCCCCCGGUAACCUCGUCAUCCCCUUGGACCCGCCCGACCUGCAACAUCGCGCAGACGCCUGGUCCAAGCUGGCUCGCGCCGCCAAACAACACGGCAGCCUGAUCGUGGGCCAGAUCUCGCAUCCAGGCAGGCAGGUCGAUGCCCGUCUCCAGAAGGACCCCGUCUCGGCCUCGGACGUGCAUCUCGACAAGGAAGUCUUUGGCAUGACUUUCGCGAAGCCCCACGCUGCCUCACUCGCCGAGAUAAACCAGCUGGUUGCUGCCUUCACUAAUGCCGCCGUCUUCCUGCACUCGACCGGCUUUGAUGCCAUUCAGCUUCACGCCGCACACGGCUACCUGCUGGCUCAGUUCCUUUCUCAGUCGACAAAUCGCCGCACAGAUGCCUACGGGGGCUCACUUCGCAAUCGUGCACGCAUCAUCGCUGACAUUGCAACCGCUAUUCGCCAGCGCCUCCCCAAAGACGCAAAAUUCGCUCUGGGUAUCAAGCUGAAUUCAGUCGAGUUCCAGGCGGAUGGCUUCUCGCUUGACGAGUGUAUCCAACUCUGCUCCAUGCUUGACACGGAACUGAAGUUCGACUUCAUCGAGCUCUCUGGAGGCACCUACGAGUCGUUAGCAUUCGAGCACAAGAGGGAAUCCACCAAGCAACGGGAGGCCUUCUUUCUCGAGUUUGCCGAUCAAAUCGUGCCUCGCCUUCACAACACCAAAGUCUACGUCACCGGCGGCUUCAAGACUGUCCCCGGCAUCGAGGAUGCACUCCGGACCAUUGAUGGCGUGGGCAUAGCGAGAGCGACGUGCGCGCGGCCUUUUCUCCCGCGCGAACUGGCCCAGGGCAAGCUCUCAGGCGCGCUUUGGGACUCUGUGGCUGCAUACGACUAUGGAACCUCCGAGGCAGUCGCAGGCACGCAGAUGCUGCAGAUUGCUCGCGAUCAAUCCCCCAUGGACAUGUCAAACGCGGAUCAUGUGGCAGCGUUUGAGCAGAGCAUGGCAAAGUGGGAACGCGAAAUGGAAGAGGACACGGCCAUGGCUUUGACAGGUUACAUCAAUGUAGAAGGUAUCCCUCUGCAGCCUAUAGAGGCUUGUGCCAAUUUGUAGCGGAUUUAUAGAUGCCUCCCCAAGGAACAUCGCUUGCCUUGCACCCAUCUCUGACAAUUAAUGAGACUUGUCU